AUCAUCACACAAGUUUCCUACCUCUAUCUCAUCAAAAUAGAAUUCUGUAUUCCCGUGACCCUUUUCUUUGCAGUAAAGAUCAUCACACAAGUUUCCUACCUCUAUCUCAUCAAAAUAGAAUUCUGUAUUCCCGGAUCCUUUUCCUUGCAAUCAUCACACAAGAAGUUUCCACCUUAUCUGAUCAGAAUUGUUCCAGGACCCCUUUCCUUGCAUGCACAGUAAAGAUCUCAACAGUCUGAUCAGAAUUUAAUUCUUAACCUCUCGGAGUGUGAUCUGUGCUGCUAUGGGGAAGACCAAGAAGAAAGGAAAGAGACUGGGCCAGCUGCCGUGUUGAGAGUUGUCCCCAGUGCGUGAACAUUCUUCACGCUCCCACAAGAAUGCAAACGUGCAAACGUCACAAAUGCUCGUUCCACCGCCCACACGCUAACUAUUGCAAGCCUUGAGUAUAUACACAUCACUGGUGGUCUUUUAUCGAGAGGGGGAGGGACUACCAGUGGCCGAGCGUAUGAUGAUGACCGUGGCUGAGAUAGUGAAGCUGUUGAUACAAGCCCAUCACGAAGGGAGGGACGUUAACCUCAACAAACUCAAGGGUCAAGUGGCCAGCAAGUAUGGACUCUCCUCUCAACCGCGACUGGUCGACAUCAUUGCAGCUGUUCCCCUGGCCCACAAGAAAACACUCCUCCCUAAACUGAAGGCCAAACCGAUCCGCACUGCAUCCGGUAUCGCUGUGGUAGCAGUCAUGUGCAAGCCUCAUCGCUGCCCGCACAUCACAUUCACAGGCAACAUCUGUGUCUAUUGCCCUGGGGGACCCGACUCUGACUUUGAGUACUCCACUCAGUCAUAUACUGGCUAUGAGCCCACCUCCAUGAGGGCUAUCAGGGCACGCUACAAUCCCUACCUUCAGGCAAAGCACAGAAUCGAGCAGUUGAAGCAGCUGGGUCACUCUGUAGACAAGGUGGAGUACAUUGUAAUGGGCGGGACCUUCAUGGCGUUGGAUGAUGAGUACAAGGACUUCUUCAUCCGGAAUCUCCAUGACGCUCUCUCUGGCCACACCAGCAGCUGCGUCGACGAGGCUGUCAGAUAUUCUGAGAAAAGCAAGACCAAGUGUAUUGGGAUCACCAUAGAAACAAGACCUGACUACUGUCUAAAGAAGCAUCUCAGUCAGAUGCUGACAUAUGGUUGUACUAGACUGGAGGUGGGAGUGCAGAGUGUGUACGAGGACGUUGCCAGGGAUACAAAUAGAGGCCACACUGUGAAGGCUGUAUGUGAGUCAUUCCAGCUGGCCAAGGACGCAGGGUUCAAGGUGGUAGCUCACAUGAUGCCCGACCUCCCAAAUGUCAGCUUCGAGAGAGACAUAGAGGGAUUUAUUGAAUUUUUCGAGAACCCUGCGUUUCGGGCUGAUGGUCUAAAGAUCUAUCCCACCCUCGUCAUCAGAGGCACAGGACUGUACGAGCUAUGGAAAACUGGUCGCUAUAAGAGUUAUCCACCUGCUCUGCUUAUCGACCUGGUUGCUAGGAUACUUGCUCUAGUGCCCCCGUGGACGAGAGUGUAUCGUGUGCAACGUGACAUCCCCAUGCCGUUGGUGACAUCAGGAGUAGAGCAUGGUAACCUCAGAGAGCUGGCUCUGGCACGCAUGAAUGACCUCGGUACUCAUUGCCGUGACGUCAGAACCAGGGAGGUAGGCAUCCAGGAGAUCCAUCACAAGGUCCGGCCCUACGAGGUGGAACUGAUACGAAGAGACUACGUAGCUAAUGGUGGAUGGGAGACCUUCCUCUCCUACGAGGAUCCUCGGCAAGAUAUUUUGGUUGGACUACUACGGCUGAGAAAGUGUUCCCCCGACACUUUCAGACCAGAGCUAAAGGGAGGCGUGUCCAUUGUGCGAGAGCUACAUGUGUAUGGCAGUGUGGUUCCAGUGAGUGCCCGUGACCCGUCCAAGUUCCAACAUCAAGGGUUCGGGAUGCUCUUAAUGGAAGAGGCUGAGAGAAUAGCUUUUGAGGAGCAUGGCUCCUACAAGAUUGCUGUCAUUUCAGGAGUAGGGACAAGAAACUACUACAGAAAAAUUGGAUACGAACUGGAUGGACCUUACAUGUCUAAGAUUCUUUUAUGAUUAUUCAUGGUAUGUGACACAUUUUGAUUGUCCUGUGCAGACAGUGAAUUUAUCAAACAAUGAAAUUCAACAUA